CAACUUUUCUCGUCAAGGUUUCUCUUGGGGACGACAUCCCCAUUAUAUAGUCUAGGUGCUGGCUUGCCUUAGAGAGUAGGAAAACAGUGAGGGGGGUAGCUUGGGAACAUGCCGGUUUCACUAGUGUCUCUCCUCAAGUUCGAACCACUACGGAUGCUGCUACUUAUUCAUGAUCUGUAAGUUGCAUUCGUGAUCCUUUUGCCAUUGAUAGUCGUGUAGUAGAGUGAGUUCUAGUCUCUUCCUCGCGGGUUUGUCACUCAGUACUCGUAUGGAGUGCUAUAGUGUUGCUAUAGGACGCCAGACAUAGUCGUGUUAUAGUAGUGAUCGGUAGUGUAGACAUGAUGUCUAGAUUACGGGUUAUCCUUCAUUUGCCUUGUAUCCCACAGAUAGAUAGAGGUAGGCCGCGGUAGUGACAGCCGUUGGUCCAUUGUACUCCACAUUUGGAUAUAGCAUAGAGCCAUUAGCCGGAGGCGCCUGUAUUCCAUGGUAAGCCAGUGCCCGAAGCGAGAGAAAAUACCAAAGAGACCGAUCUUAACUUUUCUGACUAUCUGCGGGAUCCUCUCUACCAUCUUCGUCCUAUAGAGUUGUGUCCUUAGACCAUAGACUAGAAUAGAAGAUAGUGCACACGUUCCUUAGAUUCGAUGCCCUUGGAAUACUCUUUGAGAGAAGUGCUACAACGAUAUACCCGUGCUUGUGGAUUCAUUCGUGGUCAUAGCUAUACCAUCAGGUUGUAUUGACGCUAGGGCGAAGCGCCACCUAGUAGUGAUGUUAGGAAAUACCAACAAAUGCGGUGUUCGCUCUUGGAGAAGAACUGGUGCCUUGGCAGCACUGCAUCAUCCGCCAACAAAAAUAUAUGCAUUUCACAAAUGAUAUAUGGAGGCAGUUGUAGAUGGAUGGAUCAUGUUCGUUGCUUGGGUUCAAGAUUGUGAUUACAUUUGAGAGAUUGAUGACAUAUGAAUUGAUUUUGAAAGCCUACGGUUCUUGUACCAUCAAGACGCCCUUGACAAGUCCCUCAUUAGUGUGGGGGUUAUGCAAGUGUUUGCUCUCAUUUUCUACAUCUUAGAUCCUACAUUAAAUGUGCGCAGUCUCACCCCCUCUCUUAUUUUGUAUCAUUCAGAAUGGAGAUUCAAGAGUGCCAAAGAAAAUAGGUCUACCAUGUCAGCUUCAUGGACCCGCAUGUCAUAAACAAGGAAUGGCCAAAUAGGACCUUGAAGACUAUUUAUAACUUCCUAGAUACUCAGCAACACAUACAAUUCAUAUGUUUGCCGUACAACUUACUAUGUAUAUUUAACAUUGUUGUGUAUAUAAAUAUGAACACCUUCCAUUCGAUAUUACUUGCAAUCAAGAUUAAUCGAAGCUACGGUGCUGGACCCGAAGAAGAAACCAAAAUCAGAGUACCAAAGCCUCGUAGACACGCUUAACAUGUUAUGGGCUUGCUUCAUACAAAAAACUUAGGAUAGUUCCAGGAAUAACUUCAUAUCAGGGAUAACUUUUCGGUAUGAAUUAAAUCUGAACAUUUAAUGUCAUUUCUUUAAAAACCACGACAGCUUGAAUAUUUCAUAACAUAUUUUUUUCAUAUUUAGUGUUUGAGACAGGAGUAUGAAAACAACUUAUGUGGAUAAUGCUGUUGGGAGUUCAUUGACAGCUUUAUGGGUCACAAGAAAAUUACAAAUCAAGAAGAUAGAGUACGCAGCACAAUUCAUACAUUUUCACUCUGCACAAAUAUUGCUUUAAAUUGAUGAUGUUAAUUUGCACGUGACAUAUUUAUGACAUGAGAGAAGAACCCAUGGUCCCAGAACGACUAAGGGCAAUUCAUGAAUAACUAUGUAGUUUCCUUUUGGAGGAGGUCGUAAAUUCAAAGGGAGAGUUUUCUUACAAUGGAACAAGUGUAGGUCAACUUCAUCCAAUCAGGGACUCGAAUGAUGACGCAUAGUGCAUAUUUGGAAUACUUGUAACUUUUGAAGUGUAUAUAAAUUGUAUAAAUACAAUAUAUGCAACCUUUACUAUGCUAGAUCCAUAUUAUUAGCGUAAUAUUACUGCUACACGCAAACAUAUACUGCAUAUGAAUCGAAUAUGAAUUAACAUACGAAUUAAAAUGAAAGGAAUACAUAUAUAGAAACAAAAUGAAUAACCUUUUUAGUACUGGUUAGUAAAAUCGACUGGUACUAAACUGCCUUCUACAGUUUACUAAAAUCAAGUAGCACUAAAUGGCCCACAGUUUACUAAAAUCAACUGGCACUAAUUCGACCGGUACUAAAUAGCGUGGCAUUUAAGUACCAACUAAGUGGUACCGGUCAGGCACCUAAGGGAGGUCACGGACCGGCUCGAAAGGUCCAUCCUCCGGUAGUGAAUAGUUUCAAAUUUGAGCAAAAGUACAAGAACUGUACUGACAUUCAUAUCUCCAAAUAGAUUAAUCUAUUAAUGUUUAUUUUGUAACGUAAAUAUUUAUUUUGCAUAAAUUUGGUAAAACUUAAAAUUGGUUGACUUUUCGGGAAGCGAGAGUUGCAUUAUUGUUAGAUGGAGUGAGUAUCUAUUACUGUGUCCAUCCACUGUUCACAAAAUAUCCAAAACCUUGACCUCACGCUGCAACAAUGCUUCCAAAGAGACGACGUACUGUCGGUAGGAAUAAUAAUGUAGAGAAUGCCGCCGGUGCCAUUUGGUAGAACCGAGACUGAGUUUUUCACUUGAGGUACCAAUAAUGAUUGUGAGGGAAAACAGCCCCACAACGAUAUAUCCAAGAAGGUUUGGGAUGCCAAAAGCCAUCACCGCCGUCGGCACCGACACAAGGUUUAUGUGUACCAAGAAAGUAGGUACUACCAACCAUAUAGUGUGCAUCAGGACAUCUAUAAACGUAGUCAUAAAUUAAUAAAUCAAUUGGUGCCAACGUUAGAUGAUAAGGCCAGCUGCCACGGGAACUGAUAAAGCUCUAUAAAUAAGAGGAGCGUCGACAAGUAAGGAUGCACACUACUGAUCUUCAGUCCUGCGUCGGCUGUUUGCAUAGAGUACUUUGAGCAAGUUAGUAGCUUGCCGGUUGGAGCAUCGUCUACGGAACCCGCUGCGGCAAGAACCUUUGAAGAAUCAGCAAAUGAAUAAGUUUGGGAUCCCCUGUAGAGUACGCGUCGUACUGUAAGGGAUCGAUUGCUCCGUUGGCCUAAGAGGGGGAGGGGGUGAAUUAGGCAAUUUUAAAAUCUUAACCUAUAGGCUCCACUAUUUUUGCAUAAAUAAAAACUAGAACAUCUAACUAGAUGUGCAACUAAGGCAAAGUUCUAGUGAUCAAUCCUCAUCCCAAAGUGUUUUGCAACCUAUAGCCAAUCCUAUCCAGAACUACUCUAUGAAAGUAAAGGCACACACGAUUGCAAGUAAGAAAUACGGAAACGUAAAGGAGGGAUGAGAGGAAGCAAACUCUUGACACACGAUUUAUCCCGUGGUAUCGGUAGGCACUUAGCCACCCCUAGUCCACGUUGUUGAAGAACUCACACAAGAGUAUUGCUUCCCGGUCACCAAGUCUCUUCCAAGCGCGCCACUUGACUCGCCACUAAGGCUCGCCACUUAGGCACUCGCCAAGCCGCCUUGGUCACCUUGAUGCCGCCUCCACUAAGGAGCUUCUCCACUAAGGAAGGGGGUCUCCACGUCCCCCGCACAAAGUGUCUUCACUGCACCACACCAAGUCGGAGGGUUGAAGAUGAUUGCCGGAGAGCCACAAGGCUCCGGCACUCCUUGUACACCUUGAUUCACUCGAGAAUCACCUCACAAGGCAGACACACCUUGCAUCUCACUCAGCACUAAGCCAAUGCUAGCACUACACACACUAAGCGUGCAAAGCCUAUGGAUAAGCAAUUGGAGAUGGUCUUCAAUGUGUCUUCGUCUCCUCUGCACUUCCACACAAUUCAGCAACCCCAAAUGACCGAAUUGAAGGGGUAUAAAUAGCCCAAGGCAUCCAUAGAUCCGUUGCUCCAAUGGCUAGUCUUUUCUGUGUACCGUCGGACCGACGCUAUACUUUUCCAGGGCGUCAGUUCAUCCGGUGCUACUAGCCAUUGCCUUCUACGUCAUUUGACCGUUGAAACUUGCUGACGUCAUUCAUCCGAUGCUUCCACCGAUGUUGCGUCGGUUCAUCCGGUGCUGAAGACUCUGUGACCAAAACCUCUCUGUCUUGACUCCAUAAAUUAUCGGAUAGACCGACGGUUCCCACCAAUGGACCGUCGGUUCAUCCGACGCCUCCGUCUUCAGACUCUUUGCCUCUGGAAUUCAUCCGGCGCUUCUAGAAACCGGACCGUCGGUUCAUCCGACGGUGUCAGUUGACUCCAGUCUUCCUGCAGUGUACCAGUUCCUCCGGCGCUUGCACCGAAGCUUCUUCUAGGGUACCAUCGGUUCAUCCGACGGUGACUUUUUGCUGUUUCUUUGCGUCUUCAACUUACCAUCACUUAGAGUUAAGUCUGGGAUUUUGCUAUGUCUAAACCGUGGUAUCUUGACUUUAAUUCGUGGUAACAUUCAUGGGACCUAGAAUGCCUACAAAGACAUGCUUAAUCAAUAUGGUUAGUCCCAUUGAUCAUGUUGUCAUGAAUCACCAAAAUUAUACUCGAACACUUGACUAUCAGGCUAUGUUCGCUACACGUACAUUGACAUAUUUGCUGGUAUGUGGAGACUCUAGCCAUAUGUCCCUAGUAGCUCCACCAGAUGGCAGCAGCAGCUUGUUGAGUACAACUGCUAUGCUGCAUCCAUACAGCAUGAUGACGGUCCGAUUAAUGUUGAGCAAGCAGCAGCACAGGAGUCCUACAACAAUAAUCCAAUUCAGGUGUUCCAGGAAGCAGCCCACAAGUUUGAGGAUAAUAUCGGCACGAUGGAAAUGAAGAUCCAUAGGUACCCUGGAAGCAUCAAAGCUCUCGGCAAUUGGUAUACCGUCCCGACGAUUGUGGCCAUUGGCCCUUACCACCACGGUCGACAAGAGCUCAUGCAUGCCGAGAAUGUGAAGCAUGCGGCUGCUUACCACUGCAUCAAAACUUCGGGCCGCUCGGCCCAGGAAAUGUACUCCGCGGUCGUCUCCGCCGCGAGGGAGAUCGGUGCCCGCCGCCUCUACAGAAAGGACGUGAUGGAAGGUAUCGGCGAUGAUGACGACUUCCUACAUAUCAUGUUCUUUGACGCGUGCUUCUUGGUCAUGUACAUGCUAAACUAUUCGGGCAUGGAAUGCGACAAGUUUCUGUGUAAUUUCUUCAAUUCCAGUGCCGAUGAAAUCGCUCAUGACAUCAUGCUGCUCGAGAACCAGAUCCCCUGGCCGGUGGUGGACGCACUCCUCAAGUACACGUCCGUGCCCUUGGCGGAUUUCGUCUCUAUAUGGAAGUGGCAAGACGGCCGUCUGCAAGACAGGGUUUAUUAUAAAGUGCCUGCAGGUGAUGCUGUCUUGGAUGAAACCUACGGACCCCCGCAUCUCCUUGGCCUCCUCCGGUUCUACAUUGUAGGAAGAAGCAGAACCAAGGUGCCUGGUGGAGUAGAGAAAAUAAAGUCGGCAGCAGUCUCAGUUAGUGCCAUGGAGAUUGCCAAAAUGGGCAUCAAUCUCAGAGCCAACAAAACAAAUGAGCUUGCUGACAUGGGCCUCACUAAGAAACCGAUCUUUUUCGCGGUGCUCUCCAUGGCGCCGCUGUCUCUGAACGAUUUACACGCAAACCUGCUCGUGAACAUGGCGGCGCUUGAGGUAUGCACCACCCCAAAUUCUUUGGGCGACGAGGUGGAGUUUGAAGACGACUCUGCUGUCUGCUCGUACCUCCGCCUGCUCUGCAUGUUGGUGCAUAGGAAGGAGGACGUGCACCACCUGGGAACAAAGGGUAUUCUACGAGGGGCAGGACUCACGAACAAGAAGGCGCUCGACUUCUUCGCCAGCCUUAAGAGCCUGCCCCUCGGACUCUCCUGUGACAACCUCAUGUUGCAGAUUGAGAGUUACAGGAUCAAGAGGCCGAUGCGGAUUAAGGGGUACGCAUUCGUUCGCAAAAACUGGAAGACCAUCCUGGGGGUUUUCACCGUCAUUGGUGUAUUUGCCAGUAUCUUGUCGGCGAUCAAGUCUCUCAAGGGUGCCCAAUGAUAAUUUUUUUUAUCAGCAUGUGCUGUCUGCAGUAAAUUAAAAUGCAUGUAAUAUUCUUCGUCUUGUCCUAAAAAACAAAAAUCUUCUUCGUCU